ACUUGAACCCACUCUUUUCCUUCAAAAAUGUCUCUAGAGGGCCUCUGGCUUUACAAGUUGCUCCGCUUCAGUCCAACAAGCCAUGAGAAAAAACCAGCUUUCCAUUACUCAAUGAUGUUCCUUCUAAUCCUUCUCAUUAUGACAGCAUCCAUUGUUGCCACAGUUAAGCUCUCUAGCCCCAAGAACCAACACCCAAUUCCUCACAUUAAUGCAGUUUCAAAAGCCAGAAUCUCAGCUUGCAAAACCACACUUUACCCCAUUGCCUGUGAAUCAUCGAUGGCUAGCUUCGCUCAACACACAUCGAACCCCGUUCGCCUCUUCGAGCACUCAGUUCGGUACGCCAUGGACCGAGCUGUCUCGGCUAGGGACCUCGCUUUGAAUUUGACAAAUACAGGAAUGGUGCACGGAAAGUUCACAUAUUCGGGUAUGAAUGAUUGCUUGGAGCUUUUAGAGGACAGUAUAGGCCAACUUUUCGACUCACUUGAUGAGCGAAAAAGGCCGAGUCCCGAUGAUAUUCAUACUUGGCUUAGUUCAGCUCUAACAAAUCAAGCUACUUGCCUUGAAGGUCUAGAAAAACUGAAAAUCAAGGCCUUGAAGGACUUAAUGGAUGCUAGGGCCCUUGGUCUCAUGCAGGAUAUAAGUAACACUUUGGCUCUUUACAAGUAUUCUUGGAGAAAAUUUACACCACCCAAAACUCGUAGAUUGCUAUCAAUCACUGAUAAUAAUGGUGAUGAUGAUGAUAAUGUUUAUAAUGGGUUUUUUUCAAAAUGGGCUUUUAAAUUGUUUUCCAGUAGUGAUCUUAGGGAUAGAAUCCUUAUUAGUAAUAAUAGUAAAGGCCAUGAUAGCAAUAGUAUUAAAAACAUUGGUGAUGAUAAUAAACCUCAUAAUAUGGGUGGGGAAUUUCGAAAAUUAGUUUCCUUUACAAGUUCAUCAUCUAAUUUACCCUCUAAUAACAUUAGUACUAAUAUUGUUGGUGCUAGUACUCAUAAGAAAGAAACUAAUGAAAAUGUGUAUGAGGCCCAAUCGAAAGGCGGAUUUCCGGAGUGGGUGUCAGUCGCAGAGCGGAGGCUUCUAGAAGCUUCUAGAGAGGAGAUAAAGCCCCAAGCCGUGGUGGCAUUGGAUGGGAGCGGGACCCACAUGAGCUUGGCUCAAGCCUUGAAAGCCGUUCCCGGUGGGUCGGGCCGGCAGGUCAUUUAUAUGAAGACAGGGGUAUAUAAGGAAACCAUAAAAAUUCCAAGGUCGCAUAGUAACGUUAUGUUGGUGGGAGAUGGGAAGGGGAAAACGAUCAUAACCAGCAAUCAUAACGCCGAGGAUGGGUGGACAACUUUUCAGUCGGCAACUUUUGCGGCGACUGGACCAGGGUUCAUGGCAAGGGAUAUAACAUUCGAGAACACAGCAGGACCCGCCAAGCACCAAGGUGUGGCCCUCCGGUUGGGGUCCGACCGCUCCGUCAUCUACCGCUGCAGUAUCGUCGGGUACCAAGACACACUUUACGCUCACUCGAACCGUCAAUUCUACAGAGAGACCGACAUCUAUGGCACUGUUGACUUCAUCUUCGGAAAUGCAGCGGCGGUCUUCCAAAGUUGCAACCUCUAUGCAAGAAAGCCUAUGUCUGACCAAAGGAUAACAUACACGGCCCAAGGCCGCAAAGACCCAAAUCAGAAUACCGGAUUUUCAAUACACAAUUGUAAGAUCACGGCAGCCUCCGACCUUGUCCCAGUAAAAAGCAGUAUUCCUACAUAUCUCGGCCGGCCAUGGCAAGAAUUUUCGAGAACAGUAAUAAUGCAAUCCUUUUUAGAUGAUUUAAUAAGGCCAGCCGGAUGGCUAGAGUGGUCCGGAAAUUUCGCUCUUAAAAGUUUGUACUAUGGGGAGUACAUGAACAAGGGGCCGGGCGCCGGUCUGUCAGACCGGGUCCGGUGGCCGGGGUACAAAGGGGAGCUGACUGUUGAUGAUGCAACCAAAUUUACUGUGGCUCAAUUCAUAUCUGGGAAUUCUUGGUUACCUGCAACUGGCGUAUCCUUCGACUCGGGGCUCAUUGCUUAGGCUGCAACUGGGGUAUCCUUAGACUCGGGGCUCAUUGCUUAGGCUUCAACUUUGCUUCACGCUUUAUUCGGAGAUGGGGAUUCGGGAAUUUGUUUUGGUUAUUGGGACUUAUAACCUUGCUUUUUUGGCUUAUUAUCCCUUGCGUUUGCAUUCCUCGUGUGCAUGUUAGACACGUGUAGGGUCGCAUGUUGAUAGACUGGGUUACGUGUGCACGUAGUUUUCUAGUGAAAAAGAAAGAAUUUUCACUUUUUUGGGUUGGUAAUUCUCUGGCUUUUGAAAGACAGAAAUGCCCCUAGUGGAAUUGAUGAGUGGGACUUGGAAAUUGGGUCAUGGUUAUGGGGGGUAUUUUAGUCUUUCUUCAGAACUGAGAAGACCAAGUUUGUUUGUCCUCUGAUGUAUGUUAGCUGUGAUUGGGAGGGUAUUUGUGUUAUUUUUGGGAUUCAAAACCCAAAUUUGUAGUUGAUUUUUUCUGCUACCAAUAAUUAGAUGUCAAUGAUAAUUGUACAUUUUCAAGUGUCAAUCUUAUAUAAGAUAUUAAUCUGAAGGAAAGGUAUACAAUGA